AUGCCAUUGGAGCCACGGGAGGCCGAGGGUGACUUUGUGCACUGGUGCAGUGAUGAGGGAAUCCCAGGAAAUGAAGGACCAAUGGGGCCAUCAGGAAUCCCAGGGUGCAAUGGGACGAAGGGGGACAGUGGAUACCCAGGGUUACCUGGGGUGCCGGGACCUGUUGGAUUACCAGUCGAGAUGGUGAUCCUGGAUCCAAGGGAUUUAGAGGAGUCAAAGGUCUUGGAGGUCCACCAGGGUCCCUAUGGUUUACCAGGUGUGCCAGGUUCUCCAGGACCCAAGGGGGACAAAAGUCCCAUGUCCCCAGGAGACAGGGGGCCUGUUGGCGCACCUGGGGCUCCAGGAGUUCCUGGGAGCGAUGGGACUGACGGGGUUCCCGGAUACCCAGGACUGAAAGGCCAGGCUGGGCUAAAGGGCAACCCUGGACCUCCGGGGCCCAAGGGUGAUCGGGGCGAUGCCGGCUCUCAGGGUAUACGUGGACGGACAGGCCAGAUGGGGACUCAGGGCCCCCCAGGUGUGGGGCCCCCAGGGGGCCCUGGACAGAAGGGCAACCUGGGGGUGCAAGGCCUGCGAGGGAGACCUGGAGAUCCAGGAGAGAAAGGCUCAGCGGGUGAGACGAUAACAACCACAGGAGACCCAGGACUGAAGGGAGAGAAGGGUCAUCAAGGCAACCCAGGACCUUCAGGGAAUCCUGGUAUAAAUGGCUAUCCUGGCUUCCCUGGCAACUUCGGCGCCAAGGGGGAUAGAGGUCUGUCUGUCCGGGGCCCUCCUGGCAACACUGGGCCUAAAGGUGAGAAGGGCCAGCCGGGGCCUGCUGGUGCCCCAGGGAUUGGUAGUAUGGGACGACCAGGACCAUCCGGAGCUCCCGGCAUGCCAGGCCCUAAGGGUGAUUUCAGACCAGGGCUCCCAGGGCUGCCAGGUAGACCAGGCCCCCCAGGGGAGGAUGGUUCUCUGGGGCUGACUGGAAACUCUGGCAGUAAAGGUGCUGAGGGCUUGCCUGGUCUGCCUGGGGAUCCUGGGGAGUGUACGCAAGGCAUUCCAGGCCCUCCGGGGGCUGUAGGUCUCAAUGGAAUCAUUGGCUUCACAGGGACCAGAGGACAGAAGGGGGUGCAGGGCGAUUCAGGUCUGCCUGGCAGAGGGGCCCCAGGAUUGAUGGGGCCGUUUGGACGGCCCGGGUUUGAUGGGCCCCCGGGACCUGGGGGGGCUGCCGGCCUGAAAGGAUUCAGAGGAAGAGAUGGUGUUCCUGGGACACCAGGCCUGAGAGGAGACAUGGGGCCAUCAGGAGCGUGUGGUACACCAGGACCAGACGGAGGCCCAGGACCAGGGGGACGACUUGGCCCUAAAGGUCUGAUGGGUGCUGAUGGUGUGAAGGGCCGUGUAGGAGUCAGGGGACCUGUGGGAGAUUCUGGGGCUCCUGGAGAUAUUGGAGUCACAACAUACAUCGAGGUCCUUGGGGACCCUGGGGACCCAGGACCUACAGUUCUAAGGGGCUUAACAGGUGCCAAAGGAGAUCUAGGUGUGAUAGGGCACAAUGGAGCCAGUGGCAAGGAUGGGAUUCCCGGGAUUCCCGGGCCGCAAGGUGCUGUUGGCGACCCAGGCAGAGAUGGCCAGAAAGGAAGUCCUGGUUUCAAUGGAAACCCUGGAGUCGCAGGAGAUAUGGGUGUGCCAGGUGUAAAGGGUGAGAAAGGGGGAACAGGAGGUCGUGGAGAGCCUGGUUCAUCUGGAAGACCAGGUCCAAAUGGAGUAAAUGGACUGAAAGGAGAGCCCAGCCUCCCUGGACCAGGAGCUAAAGGACGACGAGGAGAAAAGGGAGUGCCAGGGUUUCCAGGUUUUCCAGGAGAGAAGGGGGAGAUGGGUGUAGCGGGGAGGUUCGGAACCCUGGGGGCCAUCGGCCCCACAGGACCCAAGGGAAGAGAAGGACUACAGGGAUCACGAGGACCUCCGGGACCAGCCGGGGAGAAGGGCAUUAAUGGUCUCCCAGGCAAUAGUGGCUGUCAUGGCCAGAAUGGCCUGCAAGGGAGCCCAGGAUUGGCUGGUAACCCAGGGUCUGCAGGCCCCAGAGGUGCCCAGGGUCGAGACGGCAUCCCUGGCCCAGCAGGAGAGAAAGGAGACAUGGGAGCCCCUGGCAUUGGACCAAAAGGCACAGACGGAAAGAUGGGCCAAUCUGGACUUAAGGGGGAUGCAGGGAUACCUGGCCGCUUUGGCCCUCCUGGUCCCUCAGGGCCUUUGGGGGACGUUGGACCUCCAGGCCCCCCUGGUCCUAUGGGACUGUCUGGAAGUCCUGGCCGGGAUGGAAUGUGCUUCGAAGGGCUAAAAGGAGACCGUGGACAAAAUGGUGUCCCUGGACCCCAAGGUAUGCAGGGGCCACGGGGACCUCCUGGUCCACCGGGACCUGGCUUUAAAGGAGAUAAAGGGAACAAAGGCGCCAUGGGCCUCCUGGGUCAGAAAGGAGAUGCAGGACCUGCAGGACCUGUAGGUUGCCCUGGACAGAAAGGGCUGCCUGGAGCACCAGGGCCUAAGGGGAAUGAUGAUCACAUCGUGGUGACACUGAUCCCUGGAGAACAGGGGCUGCCAGGUGACCUGGGGGGCAGAGGAGAGCCUGGACCCACAGGAGCUCAGGGACGCAACGGACCACCAGGACUCCCAGGUCCAAAAGGUGUCUUGGGCCUAGAUGGGCCAGUAGGCCUGCCUGGAUUCCAGGCAGCCAAGGGAGACAGAGGGUUCCCUGGACCACAAGGUAUCCAAGGUGAGCAGGGGACUCCAGGAGCCAAAGGCCCCCGGGGCUCUCCAGGUCCUUACUUUGCCGGGCCAAUAGAGGACGGCUUCCUAUUCACCCGUCACAGCCAGAGGCAGAAUGUGCCCCAGUGCCCAGGGGGCAGCAACUUCAUCUACUCCGGAUACUCCCUCCUCUUCAUCAACGGCAACAACAGAGGUCAUGGCCAGGAUCUGGGUACACUGGGAAGCUGUCUGCCUCGUUUCUCUACCAUGCCCUUCUUAUUCUGCAACACGGACAGCACGUGCCGCUACGCCUCCCGUAACGACUACUCCUACUGGCUGUCCACGGAUGAGGCCAUGCCAAGCGACAUGGCCCUCAUCUCUGGUGACUCACUGGAGAGCUAUGUCAGCAGGUGUGCAGUGUGUGAGACCAAAGCAAACAUCAUCGCUGUUCACAGUCAGACCAACCAGAUCCCUGUUUGUCCACGGGGCUGGCUCUCUCUCUGGGCUGGCUACUCUUUUGUCAUGCAAACAGGGGCUGGAGCGGAGGGCUCUGGCCAGCCCCUGGCCUCUCCGGGCUCCUGCCUAGAAGAGUUCCGGAAGAUUCCCUUCAUUGAGUGCCAUGGGCGAGGGACUUGCAACUACUACACUGACUCCUACAGUUACUGGCUGGCCUCCCUGGACCCCGAAAACAUGUUCAGUAAACCCAGGCCUCAGACAGUGAAGGGAGACUGCCCGGGUAGUAUAGUCAGUCGUUGUCAGGUCUGUAUGAAGCAGUGGCAGCGGCUCUAA